UUUCGAAUAGUUCAGUCGAGUCUCGGAUCAGAGGAAAGAUAUUGGCGAAUCAAUCGAAUAAAUUUGCAAUGUAAUUUUCACGUUGAGCAGCGUUUACUCGAUUCUAAAGUAUCUUUUCAGAAGACCACAGAGAAUUGACGAGCAAGUGAAUUAUUCAAAGGGUACUUACAGACAGUUUACAGGUCCGUCACGAUAUUUUACAUGGCUUUAGUGGAGAUUACUGUCUUCUGCAUGAUCUUGUCCUCCCUACUUACCGAUUUCCGACACAAGAAGCUGGCGUAUAACGCUUGGCUGCCUUUUAAUUACUCGGGGAAGCUAUAUUACGUCGCGUACAUUCAUCAACUCGCCGCUCUGACCGGCGCAUCCGUUCUUAACGUCGGCUGCGAUGUGAUAUUCUGCGGUCUUUGCGUUCACGUCUGCAGCCAGCUAGAAAUCUUGCAGAACAGAUUGAAAGAGUUACCGUCGCAGGACAGGCCAGACGUUGGGACGAUCGUUCGUUUCCACGAGUACCUAUACGGGUCCGUUUUUGUACGCCUCUCCGACAAGGAGACUUUGUCAAACCAGCAGCAGCCUAGCUUCUCUCGAGAUUUUCCACGCGUAAAGUACGUAUCGAUGAUGCAGGAUAAAUUUAAGACGAUAAUCAGCGUUCAACUGAUGUCGAGCACACUGGUGGUGUGUUUCAUUCUGUACCAGUUAACGAAUACACCGUUGAUGAGCUUCAGAUACCUGCAGUUCGUCAUGUACAUGGCCUGCAUGAUGGCGCAGGUCUUCUUUUACUGUUGGUACGGGAAUGAACUGAUGCUGAAGCCCGAUUCUUGGACGUCGCCGAUGAAACUGUUCCUGUAUCACGCGUACACGACGAUCGUGUUCUCGCUGGUUUAUUCGGUGACGUUCUAUCAGUUCAUGGAGAUACUGCUCAACGUGAAAUCGUUGGACGAGCUCGCGGACAAUCUGUACAUGUUCAUAGAGAUGGCUUUCUCGUGCCAGAAGAUGCUGAACUUGCUGAGGAGUCGAGAAAAUAUCGCUGGACUGAUGAGCAUCUUCGAGGAGGAACCGUUCGUGCCGCGGAACACCGAGGAGCUCGAGAUUCGAUCGAGAUUCGAUAAGAAAACGCAGUCGAACACGAUCCUGUACCUCUCUUUGCUGAUGGGAACAUGCUUCAGCUUAACUUUCUCGGUAUUUUUGAAACCUGAGAAAUGGCCACUGAUAUUUAACAUAUGGCUGCCUUACAAUUACUCGUCGAUCAGCUUGUACAGUUCGACUCUCGCACAGCAGAGUUUAGCGUUGCACUAUGGCGCGCUGGCGCACGCCGCUUGCGACAGUUUGAUCUGUGGCCUGCUGAUCCAUACCAGCAGCCAAUUGGAAAUCCUGCGAAGUCGUCUGCGAGCGAUCAAAAGGGGUGAGAACAGACCGAUGAAAUUGUGCGUGCGUUUCCACGAUAGAGUCUAUAGAUUCGCUCAAGCGUUGAACAACGAGUUCAAAAUGAUCAUAUUCGUCCAAUUCAUGGUGAGCGUCUCGGUCGUGUGCUUCAAUCUGUACAGGCUGUCGAAAAGUGGCGACCAGGGCUCGAAACUAUUGGAAGUAAUACCGUUCAGCUCUUGCAUAUUGUCGCAGAUAUUCUUGUACUGUUGGUACGGAAACGAAGUCAAGCUGAAGAGCCUCGAAAUUUCUGACACAGUGCUCGACAUGAACUGGACGAUACUCGACGACAGCCAAAAGAAGAUGCUCAUGAUGAUUAUGAGACGCGCCUUAGUGCCCGUCGAAUUUACAAGUAUCCACGUCGCCUCCUUGAACCUGGCAUCAUUCAUGGGCAUACUAAAAGCUUCUUAUUCGGUGUUCAACGUGCUCCAGCAAGCCUCUUGGGAUUCCCCGCCGAAAGAGAUUCUAUAUCGUGGCUACACGGUCGCGGUGUGGCUGUCUAUACAUCUUCUGUCGGUCUCUCAGAUUCUCGACUUGGCCAUCAACGUGAAGACGCAAGACGAUUUCAGCGACAACUUUUACGUGACACUCGCGGUGCUCUGUAUAUGUGUGAAAAUGUGCACCGUGCUGGCGAGCCGCGCGAAAAUCGGGAAUUUGAUCGACUUACUGAGAAAGAAACCGUUCUCUUCCUUGAACACCGAGGAGGACGAGAUUCGGGCGAGAUACGACAAAGUAGCUGAAAGGAACACGAUCGCGUACACGAUUAUAAUAAAGAUUUACGUACUGUCGAUGUGCAUCACGUCGAUUUUCACCGGCUACAGGCACAACAAGUUAUUGUACCGGGCCUGGUUACCGUACGACUGCUCCACUUCCAUUCGGUUCACUGCCACGUACAUUCAUCAGAUCGUAGCUGUGACCUACUGCUCGUUCAUCACCGUCGCCUGCGAUUCUCUUUUCAGCGGCUUCCUGAUCCACACGUACUGUCACUUCGAGAUACUCGGGCAUCGACUGAAAUCCUUCGACGGAAAUAAGAGCGAGGCGGUGAAAGAUUGCGCGUACCUUCACGACCGCAUAUACAAAUACGCGACGAUGGUGAACAGCCAGUUUAAAGUGAUCGUGCUCGGCCAGUCGCUGGUCAGCAUGACCACGAUAAGCGUGAACCUCUAUCAGCUGACGCAAAGGGAUCUGGGAUCGAAGCUCCUGGAAGUGAUACUUUACUCGUUCAACACGCUCGUACAGAUCUUUUACUACUGUUGGUACGGGAACGAAGUGAAACUGAAGAGCCUGGAAGUUCCGAGACUGAUAUUUCAAAGUAAUUGGCCGACUUUGGACACGAAAGCGAAAAGAAUGCUCUUGAUGAUGAUAAAACGCUCUAGGAUUCCCAUCGAGUUCACCGCCAUCUACAUGGUGUCCAUGGACCUUCAAACGUUCAUGGCGACUGUGGCGGCAUCGGCGAUUCUGGAUAUAGCGUUCAACGUGAGGAAUCAGGAUGAUUUCAGCGACAACUUGUACCUCAGCAUGCCCAUGGUGAUUUCUUGCUGUAAGAUGUGCGCCUUCUUAGCCAAUCGCGAAAGCAUUACGUCUCUACUGAACUCUUUGCAAGAGAAACCCUACUCGCCUGCCGGCACAGUGGAGAUGAGCAUCGACGCGAAGUACGAUCGCAUAAACGAGAGAAUAACGGUCGGAUACACGAUUUUAACCGAAUUUUCCGUAGCAAUAUCGUUAAUCGCGGCGAUAAUAGAAAAUCCGAAGAACAGGGCGUUGACGUUUCGCGCAUGGGUUCCCUACGACUACUCGUCGCUGCCUUUGUACACUGUCACUUUCCUCUACCAAGCUACGGGUGUGACGCUCGGAUCUCUCAUGAACGUCGCUUACGAUUCCCUGUUCAGCGGGAUGAUGUUCUGCAUAUACAGCCAGCUAGAGAUCGUCGGCCAUCGUCUGCGGAAGGUGACGGGAGACGACGAGCAAUCGGUGAAACAAUUCGCCGCGAAGAUAAACGAAGACUUUCAGAUAGUGUUAUGUAUACAGUUUGUCGCGAGUAUGUUCAUCAUAUGUUUCACCCUUUAUCGAAUCGCACAAAUGGAUUUCGAUUCGAGACUGCUCGAGAUGGUUGUGUACGCGAUUUGCAUGCUUCUGCAGAUAUUAUACUACUGUUGGUACGGGAACGAAGUCAAGCUGAAGAGUCUCCAGAUUUCAGAUUCGAUUUUCGCCAGUAACUGGUCGAGUUUAGAUGACGGUACUAAGAAGAUUCUCCUGAUGAUCAUGCUGCGGGCUACGUUCCCUAUCGAAUUCACGACUGCCCGUGUCCUGACGGUGAACCUAGAAUCGUUCGUGUCGGUGCUGAAAACUUCUUAUUCGGCCUACAACGUGUUGCAGCGAGGGUAAUCGGUUGAAUGCGACGAUAAUCACGAUUGUAAUUCUAACUCGAC